CAAAUUUAUCAACAACGCGCUUUUUGUUUCUUGAGCUCUUGAAUAAAAUAAAAAAAUAAAAUAUCUAAUUAACAAUGGAAAUUGAAGAUCAACAUUUACGUGAUUUGCAACGAGAAUAUCUUGACUUCUUGGAUGAUGAGGAAGAUCAAGGAAUCUAUGCUGCUCAAGUUAAAAAGAUGAUUAACGAGGGUUCGCGUCGUUUAAUGGUUAAUAUCAACGAUUUACGACGCAAGAAUCCUCCUCGAGCAUUUGGAUUGCUAAAAAAUGCUUUUGAGGAGCAAUUAGCAUUUUCGCGUGCCUUGAAGGAAUACGCUUCGACUGUUCAACCGAGUUACACAAAAACAUCCGAAGAAUUUUAUGUCGGGUUUGAAGGAAGUUUUGGCAAAAAUCACGUCACGCCUCGAAGUUUAACAUCGCAUUAUUUGGGAAAUUUGGUUUGUGUCGAAGGAAUUGUAACGAAAGUGUCGUUAAUUCGUCCCAAAGUUGUGCGAAGUGUUCAUUAUUGUCCCGCAACGAAGAAAGUAAUUGAACGCAAAUACACGGAUUUAACGUCUUUCGAAGCUGUACCAUCAGGCGCCGCAUAUCCAACAAAAGAUGAGGAUGGAAAUCUAUUGGAAACGGAAUUCGGGUUGUCUACUUAUAAAGAUCAUCAAACGUUGAGUAUUCAAGAAAUGCCCGAAAAAGCUCCUGCUGGUCAAUUGCCUCGAUCUGUGGAUGUAAUUUGCGACGAUGAUUUGGUAGAUAAAUGCAAACCCGGCGAUCGUGUUCAAAUUGUCGGAAAUUAUCGUUGUUUGCCCGGAAAACAAGGCGGAUACACAACAGGCGUCUUUAGAACAGUAUUAAUUGCGAACAACGUCGCAACUUUGGGAAAAGAAACUUCAUUGUCGGUGUCUCGGGAGGAAAUCAACAUGUGUAAGAAACUUGCGAAAAACAACGAUAUCUUUGAAUUGCUCUCGAAAAGUCUUGCUCCAUCAAUUCACGGACAUGAAUUCGUCAAAAAAGCAAUUCUUUUGUUACUUUUGGGCGGAAUUGAGAAAAAUCUUCCAAACGGGACUCGAUUGAGAGGCGAUAUCAACAUCUUACUUAUCGGAGAUCCGAGUGUCGCAAAAUCGCAACUUUUACGUUAUGUAUUGCAUACAGCUCCGAGAGCAAUUCCAACUACAGGAAGAGGCAGUUCAGGCGUUGGUUUAACAGCUGCUGUUACUUCGGAUCAAGAAACGGGCGAACGUCGUUUAGAAGCAGGCGCUAUGGUUUUAGCUGAUCGCGGAGUCGUUUGCAUCGACGAAUUCGAUAAAAUGUCGGAUAUUGAUCGAACCGCCAUUCACGAAGUUAUGGAACAGGGACGUGUAACAAUUUCUAAAGCAGGCAUUCAUGCAUCGCUUAAUGCUCGUUGCUCCGUUUUAGCAGCUGCAAAUCCCGUUUACGGUAGAUACGAUCAAUACAAAACUCCCAUGGAGAAUAUUGGGCUUCAGGAUUCACUUUUGUCGCGUUUCGACUUGUUAUUUGUCAUGUUAGAUUCGGUCGAUAGCGAUUUGGAUGAAGUAAUUGCGGAUCAUGUUGUUCGAAUGCAUCGUUAUCGCAAUCCGAAGGAACAAGAUGGAGAUGUUCUUACGAUGGGCGAUUCUGCUGUCGAUAUGUUGAGUACUUUCAAAGGCGGCGAUGAUGAAAAAGAAACUACUGUUUAUGAAAGAUAUGAUCCUUUAUUGCAUGGCGCUUCUCGUAAGAAGACAGAUCAAAUUUUGUCUGUGGAUUUCAUGCGAAAAUACAUCAAUAUUGCGAAAUGUUUGAAACCCAAACUCAGUGCUCAAGCCUGCGAACUCAUUUCGAGCGAAUAUUCACGUUUGCGUUCGCAAGAAAUGGUCGAUUCAGAUACAGCACGAACGCAACCCGUAACAGCUCGUACACUCGAAACGUUAAUUCGUCUCGCAACCGCUCAUGCCAAAGCAAGAAUGGUCAAAACUGUUACAGCACAUGAUGCUGAAGCAGCAAUCGAAUUGGUACAAUAUGCAUAUUUCAAAAAAGUUCUUGAAAAAGAGAAGAAAAAACGUCGUCGUGAUGAUGAUGAACAAGAAGGAUCAGAAAAUGAAGCAGAAACACAAGAUUCUCCUCUUUCGCCGAAUGAAUCUCGUGCUACAAGACACGCAAAGAGAACUCGCAUUCAAACGCAACCCGAUUCAGAUGACGAGGAAAUGGCAGGCGUUCAACAACCAGAUUCGAAUGAUUUGACUACAAGAGAUUCGAUUCGUUCAAGACCUUCGGCAACAACAACAGCUGAAGCAGAAACGCCAAAUACAGCAGAUGAAACAGCAACUUUGACGGAAGAUCGCUUCAAAAUAUUCAAAACGGGAUUGCAGCGUCUUUUCCGUGAAAGUCGUCAACAAUCGUUGCCCGUGAAAGAUGUCGCUGACUUUGUUAAUCGCGAAAGCGGAGACGAGACUCUUACUCCCGCUGAAAUUAAUCUUGCUUUGAAUCGUAUGACAGACGACAAUCAAAUUAUGGUAGCUGAUGAUUUUGUUAUUUUGAUCUAAUUUUUUUUUUUCAUUUUUUUAAAUGUUAAGUUUCUGUUUCCCUUUUUAUGUCAAUUACUCUUUUAUAUUUAAUUAGAAAUAAAGUUCUGUUUUUUAUACCAAC